GGCGUGGGCAGCAGCCAGACCUGCCCCGAGCCAGAGAACUUUUUCUUAAAGUCCCGCCGCCUCCCGGUGCCCGGCGGAGGUGCGGGGGAGCUGCAUGGCCCGGCUCGGCGCCUGCUGCUGGGGGCUCGCCCUGCUCUGCGCGGCGGCGGGGCGCGCAGAAAUCCGCUAUGCAGCCGUCUUCUGGAACAGAGCUGAAAAAACACUUCAGGUCAAGAACAUACUGGACAGGAGUGGAGAUGCCUAUGGCUUCUACAACAACACUGUACAGACGACAGGUUGGGGAGUUCUGGAGAUCAGGGCAGGCUAUGGCACUCAGACCUUAAGCAAUGAAGAAAUCAUGUAUGUAGCUGGCUUCCUGGAAGGCUAUCUAACAGCUCCGCAUAUGUACGACCAUGCUGCAAACAUGUAUCCGCAGUUAAUUAAGAAUCCCACUGUUCGACGUGGAGUGCAGAAUUUUAUGGCGAAACAAGAUCAAUGGACAAGACAACAAAUCAGAAAUAAUAAGGAUGACCCCUUUUGGAGGCAUGCUGGCUAUAUUAUUGCACAAUUGGAUGGUCUGUACAUGGGAGCCCUCGAGUGGGCUAAACUACACAAACAAACACCACUGAGCAUCUUUGAUGUCCAAUUUCUGAAUGCAGUUGGAGACCUGUUGGACCUGAUUCCUGCGUUAUUUGAGUAUUCUGCACGGAGUGGACAAUGCAACGUGGAGUCAGGAAGCCAUGGGAAAUAUCAAUGGGAUAUGGGUCACUGCUCUGCACUUAUCAAGGUUCUACCUGGAUAUGAGAAUAUAUAUUUUGCCCACUCCAGCUGGUUUACGUAUGCAGCCACGCUGAGAAUAUAUAAGCAUUGGAACUUCAAUAUAGUUGAUCCAGACACUAGCACCAGCCGUGUCUCAUUCAGCAGUUACCCAGGCUUUUUGGUGUCCCUGGAUGACUUCUACAUACUAGGCAGUGGUUUGGUAAUGUUGCAGACUACCAACAGUGUGUUCAAUGAAACCCUCAUGAAGCAAGUGGUGCCUGAAUCCCUGUUAGCUUGGCAGAGGGUCCGCAUUGCAAACAUGAUGGCAAAUGAUGGCAAAACUUGGGCAGAAACCUUCUCAAAAUGCAACUCUGGGACCUACAACAAUCAGUACAUGGUCCUGGACCUGAAGAAGGUCAGGCUGCAGAAGAGCCUCGAUGAUGGAGCAUUAUAUGUAGUUGAGCAGAUCCCAACCCUCGUGGAGUAUUCAGAUCAAACAAAUGUUCUCCGGAAAGGUUACUGGCCUUCAUACAAUAUUCCUUUCCAUGAAAAGAUUUACAAUCUCAGUGGGUAUGCGGCAUAUGUUGAGAAGUAUGGCAUGGAUUUCUCUUAUGAGCUUGCUCCAAGAGCAAAAAUCUUCCGUCGAGACCAGGGCAAGGUGACCAACUUGGAAAGCAUGAAGUACCUCAUGAGAUACAACAACUACCAGCGUGAUCCUUACACCGAACACAAUCCUUGCAACACCAUUUGCUGCCGGGAAGACCUGAAUCCUUCUUUUCCAGUGCCUGCAGGCUGCUAUGACUCCAAGGUGUCAGAUUUCCGUCUGGCUUCAGCGUUCACAGCCACUGCGAUCAAUGGCCCCCCAGUACAGGGUGGUCUCCCUGUUUUCACCUGGAAACAAUUUAACCACACGCGACACCAAGGCUUACCGGAAUCAUACAACUUUCGUUUCAUCACCAUGAGGCCGAUUCUGUAAAACCAACAUCAAUAUUCCCAAAUGGAUUUUUUUUUUUUUAAAUGGAAAUUUUCAUUCCUAUGUGUAAUAAAUCGACCUGAGUGUCCACAUCCCUGUGCCUUAUCUGUUUUCCCGGUCCUGCCUGCUAGGCACUGACAUUGGCGACCUUGCUGCAGCAGAUGCAUGCUCUGCUCCUCUGAGCUGACUUCAAUUGCCGGGACGAUGGUCCAUGUGCAGCGUGCAUGAACAGUGAACAGAUAGGUACCCCUUGUGACUCUCGUAUCUGCUCACUCGUUUGGUGUCACUCUUUGUCAAGUUUCUCCUGUUUGCUCAGCCCUGGGUUUCCUGACGCCCAGUCUCUGAUACAAAUUAUGUCAGGUUAAGUGCUAUAUGGUGCAGCAUCAGGUUACAGCUCAAACUGGAUUUCUCCAGAGGGACACCAAAUAAAAAAAUCCAUGGGCAAUUACGCUCAUACAAUUUAUGUUCCUAACUACCAUGUGCUCUUCACGCACUAUCCAUGUGAUUGUUGGUCCAAUGGUGUUUCAGGGGCUGGAGAAUUUUUGUUCUUUAUUGGGUUCUUCCCUUGUCUCUAGACAGGCUGUCUCUUAUCUUUAAGGUUUGCAGCAGGCAUAGCUUCCUUAUCUUGUGGCUUCAAGUGGCUCUGGGGG